AUGUGCCUUAAAUUCCCCGUCCUCCCCAUCCCACAGGUGUUCUACCUAGAAGCAUGUGAGUCAGGCAGCAUAUUCGAGGGGCUGCUGCCGCCCAACAUCCACAUCUAUGCCACUACAGCAGCCAACGCGGAAGAGAGCAGUUGGGGCACGUACUGUCCGGGGAUGAACCCCCCUCCGCCCAUUGAGUACGAGACGUGCCUGGGGGACCUCUACAGCGUUGCCUGGAUGGAGGACAGCCAAUGCGGAGGGGAGCAGUUGGGGACGUACUGUCCGGGGAUGAACCCCCCUCCGCCCAUUGAGUACGACACCUGCCUGGGGGGCCUCUACAGCGUUGCCUGGAUGGAAGACAGGUUUGAGCGUCUUUAG